CUGCGAGGGGUCCGAACCGGAGCUGCUGACGGGUCGGAUUGAGCGCAUUGCUUGUUCGUGUAGGGUAUCUUUCCUCACCACGCUCUCAUUCUACCCGUCCCGGCGAUUACUCGCGCGCGGCGGCUCUCCUCUCUCGCGGUAAAAUUGUUGCUAAAGAAAUAAAAAUAUGGCGAUGAGUUGCAUUAGAUUGUUGAGGCGCAUUAGCAUCACAAAGGAGGCAGCUCAGGUGGUGGGCAUCAGAGGGUUUGCAGUAGCUGGUGGCAAGUCAAAGAAGGGAUCAAAGGGCGGUGGUAGCGGCGAUGCUCCCAAAGCUUCUGAGCUAAGCAAAGAACUGAAGAGCACCACAGUAUUUGGAGCCAAUAUUCUGAAGGAUGGAGCUGAUCCCAAGAUCUUGCCGGAUUCUGACUAUCCUGACUGGCUGUGGCACUUGCUUGAUAAGCAUCUACCAUUGAGCGAACUGCGUAGAAAGAACACAGAAACUCUUACUUUUGAUGACCUAAAACGUUUUGUUAAACUUGACAACCGGGCAAGGAUUAAAGAAAAUAAUGCUCUGAGGGCCAAGAAUUGAUUUUAGAGACAUGCGAGGUUCUUAUUUUCUUCUUUCUUUUUAUCGAAGUUCUUAUUUCCAUUCUGAGCUUAGAGGCCCUUCAAAUUCUCUGAUAAUGAAUGUCUAAUAGCUUUCUACUGAAGGCCCCUUAGUUUAUCUCUACUUAGUCUGUAAAAUAAUUGAGUGAAUUUUGAGGAGGUUGGGGUGAGGUGGAGUGGUCAUAUGCUUUUGGUAAACUAUAAUUCUGUUGUGGACUGGAUGAUAACAAAAUAUAAUGAAGCUCAUUGCAUUUAUGAGAAAGAA